AUGAUGGGCUUUGAGAGCUACUUGUUGAGCGAGAAUGGUGAUGGUGGUGGUGACGGCAGCCUCCUCAACAACUUCAAUCCAAAGGAUACAUUGUUGUUUGAUUACCUACCCUUUGUUCGAUUCAAUCCAGAUAGCAAACAACAACAUCAUCAACAUAAAGGUGGAUUCAGUUUCAGUAAUAUCAACAACAACAACAACAAUAACAACAAUGAUAGUACUGGCGAAGGCGAAAACAUGAACAAAACAAGUGAUUCAUCUUCAUCAUCGUCGUCAUCAACAACAACAUCAUCAUCAUCAGCGGAUGAACUUGGUGUACUCAUGAUUGUGAUGAUCAAUGGUGACAUCUACUUCUACCCAACCGAUACCGAACGAUUGAACAUGUUGACAAGCAAGCUCACUCAGUCCCAAUCCGCGACGACACAAGCACAGACACAGACAUCAUCAUCAACACCAACACAGACAUCAUCAUCAACAUCAACAAGUAAUGUUGAUUCAGAUACAGGAGGCGACACAACAACAAAGAACAAGUAUCAAAAGAUGAAUAUAGCAUUAAGUAUGAAUCAAGAGCAUAGGGUACACACGAUGGACUUUAUAGAGGGCGAUUCACAAGUGUCAACGACACCGGCAUCAAACGGUGUCGUGGGCAGUGGCGAGAUCAACUCAAAGCUCAAGGACAUCCUCUUCAACAUCGACUCUCCCAAUCCACCAUUCCGUUAUCGACGACCUCGCAAAGUACUCCUCUCACACGACAAGCGACUCCUAUUAAUCAUUGGAUGUUAUUACAAAGGACUGCGAUGUCUGACAGUAUACAAGAUCAAUGAGGAAGGACCGAACUACUUCCAGUUGAUCUUUUAUGAUACAAGCAUGGCUUACAUUGACGCGUGUUUCUCAUCGGACAGUCAGAUGCUCGUGGCAAUAUUAUCGCGAUUCCCAAACUAUCUGUUCUUUCUCCAACUACCCAUUGCCAAGAAGCUAUCACUGGACGCAUUGAAACUGCACAAUCAGUAUCGACAGCAGUUCUGCACGCACAAUCAGUCGACACCCGCGCCCCCCGUCGGCUCGGUCGACUUCACUGGCCUCUCAAACAGCCUGUAUCAGCAGCAGAGCGCGUCAUUUGACCUGUGGCUCAAGUCAUCGACGGUGAGCUACGACCCGCGCAAGAUAGGCCCUCUUGCGAUCAUUGGCCCGGCCAAGAACACGUUCGGCCUGCCGUUCUGCCCGACACACAUCUCUUGCAACCCAACGCCACGACUGGACCGCAUCGAGAACUUUGAGUACGUCACGUGGAACGACGAUGGACUGGGCGAGUACUGCUUGUGGAAUGUGUCACGCGAGUCUCAGUCGGCAGCCAUUCUAUCGAACAAGUCAAUGCCCUCGCUCAAGUUUGAGUGGAUGACACGUCUGAUCGGACCCAUUGUACCCGAUCGCGUAUGGAUCGACAAGGAGACAUCGCCCAAGAACUACAUCAUCAACAUGGAGUUCUCGCCCAAGGGCGAUCUGGUGAUGGUGAUAGUCAAGCGCGAGAACCAUGACAAUCGAUCAAAGACAGCGAAUGGAGUUGGAAUGCAGGUGAUCAGUGGCAACAUCAAGGCGCAGCAGCAGCAAGGACGCGAGGAGUCUGCAGACGAGCAGCUCAAGCAGACGGGCAUGGUUGGGGGCGAUCCCGCCAGCCCGUGGAUACACGUGGCCGACUCGGUCGACCAGAUCCUUACGUCAAAGUGGACCGAGUCGUUGUUCUUUGGCAGCGGCGAGUCGCCCUCAGUGCUGAUCCGCGGCGUGGGCAUCUGCGAGAUGGUGUCGCGGACCAGCUGCGCGCUGUUUACAAACGGCACCGACGAAUUCAAUCACUGCUCCAACUACCUACAGCUGGGACGCUAUCAUCGACUGUGGAUGAAUCACAUGUCCAACAUCUAUCUCAUUACUCUGACGCCCAAACACAACGACUACAUCGAGUGGCAGCGCGUGUUUGAGCAGAAGGACAAGGCGCAGUUUAAACUGUCAUUGAAGCUUGUUGGUUACAAUCUGUUGGAUGGCGGUGGCACCACUGGCUCGGGUGGCGCAGGCGGAGGCGCAGCCAAGAACGCCGACCACCACACCAACGGCCACCAACACCACGCACCUGCGCAACAGACCAAAGGCUCGAGCAAACAGGCGAACCAAAAGUUGAUGAACGAUAUGCUGGCAUUGUUGUCCUACAACAACAACACGAUCUCUGAGCGCAAUGGACGUGGCGAAGGCGAUGCCUAUCUGGGCGUCCAACUCUAUCGAUGCAGUUGCUGCAAGCAAACAUUGGUGAAGCCAUUGAUCUGCGGCUACUGCAAAACCGUUGCAUAUUGCUCCAAGCAAUGUCAACAUGAGCAUUGGGUCACACACAAGGAUUCAUGCAAGCAGACACCAGCCCCCAAUCCUCCAUCACUACAACAGCACUAUGCGCAGAAAUGA